AUGGUGACAACGGCGCGCCUGGUCUUCCAGGCAUGUCUGCGGGCACGACCACAAUCUCGCUUACUCACUCGUCUCUCUGGUUUGUCGUGGUCAAAUAGAACUGCUGCCACUGCGGCUGCGCUGAAGACGGAAGAACCUGAAGAUUCUUUCGGCUUCGAACCGCCCACGUAUCUGUUGACCGACAAAGAUGAGCAGCGACUGAGGUUCCAGCGCAACAUUGGGGUGUCCGCACACAUCGAUUCAGGGAAGACUACCCUGACCGAGCGCAUUUUGUACUACACUGGACGCAUACGAGACAUUCAUGAGGUCAGAGGCAGGGACAACGUCGGUGCGAAAAUGGACAGCAUGGACCUUGAGAGAGAGAAGGGUAUUACCAUUCAGAGUGCGGCGACGUUCUGUGAUUGGCAGACAACCUCGCCUGUGACUGGAGAAAAGAACAACUAUGCUAUUAACAUUAUUGACACUCCAGGUCACGUAGACUUCACUAUCGAGGUAGAACGUGCGCUGCGUGUACUGGAUGGUGCUAUUCUGGUCUUGUGCGCUGUAGCAGGUGUGCAGAGUCAAACGACAACGGUCGACCGGCAAAUGCGGCGCUAUAACGUUCCUCGAAUAUCGUUCAUUAACAAGAUGGAUAGGCCUGGCGCAAAUCCAUGGCGUGUGAUUGACCAAAUCCGGACAAAGCUCAGGAUUCCUGCUGCCGCAGUUCAAGUCCCGAUUGGUGUCGAAGACCAACUUAAGGGCGUUGUCGACCUGGUUCGCUGGAAGGCCAUCUACAACGAGGGCGAGAAAGGUAACACCAUUGUGGAAUCAGACGAAAUCCCGGCAACCGUAGUGGACUUCGCGAAGGAGAAGCGUCGCGAGCUCCUCGAGCAGCUUGCGGAAGUUGACGACGAGAUUGGCGAGUUGCUCAUCAUGGACGAAGAGCCCAAUACUGUACAACUCGCCGCGGCCAUCCGGCGCGCCACGGUCGGGCUGAAGUUCACGCCUGUCUUUCUCGGGUCUGCCGUCAAGAACACUGCAGUGCAGCCCCUCUUGAACGGUGUCUGCGCGUACUUGCCUACCCCCGCCGAGUCGCCCGUCGUAGCGCAUGACACUGCGCUCGCUGUCGAUGCUCCCCCCGUUCCUCUGGUACCUGCUGCGGUUGCUCCGCUCGUCGCUCUUGCGUUCAAGCUGGAAGAAGGUCGGUAUGGACAGCUGACGUACAUGCGAGUGUACCAGGGCACGAUUCGCAAGGGACAGUUCAUCUUCCAUGCGCGCACCGGUAAGAAGGUCAAGGUGCCCCGCCUGGUGAGAAUGCACAGUAACGAGAUGGAGGAUAUUGAGGAGAUCGGUCCUGGCGAAAUCUGCGCCAUCUUUGGUGUGGACUGUGCGUCCGGCGACACUUUCACUGAUGGUUCGACGAGCUACUCCAUGACGUCUAUGUUUGUCCCCGAACCCGUCAUUUCGCUCGCUAUCAAACCUGUAGGUCAGGAGACGCCCAACUUCUCUCGUGCUUUGAACCGGUUCAAGAAGGAAGAUCCUACGUUCCGCGUGCACGUCGACAAGGAGUCUAAGGAGACCAUCAUUUCCGGUAUGGGUGAGCUCCACCUCGAGAUCUACGUCGAGCGUAUGAAGCGUGAGUACAACGUCGACUGUACGACCGGCAAGCCGCAGGUCGCGUUCCGCGAGACGAUCACACAGCGCGCGGACUUCCACUACACGCACAAGAAGCAGAGUGGUGGUGCGGGUCAGUACGGUCGCGUCAUUGGGUACGUCGAGCCGAUGGAGUUCGACUCGAAGACCGGCCAGGACGUCGCGUUCGAGAAUGUCGUCAUGGGUGGGAACAUCCCCACCCAGUACAUCCCCGCUUGCGAGAAGGGAUUCUACGAGGCUCUGGAAAAGGGUAGCUUGUCUGGAAACGAGGUCUGCGGGUGCCGGCUGGUGUUGCAGGAUGGUCUUGCGCACUCCGUCGACUCCUCCGAAUUGGCUUUCCGCCAAGCUAUGAUUGGUGCGUUCCGUGAUGUGUAUUCGAAGGCAAAGCCUGUCAUCCUGGAGCCUAUCAUGUCGGUGGAGGUCAUUGCGCCCUCCGAGUUCCAGAGCGCCGUUAUUGGCAGUCUGAACUCAAGACGCGGAACGAUCACUGACAGCGAGGUUCGGGAGGAUGAGUUCACGGUCACCGCCGACGUCGCACUCAACGACAUGUUCGGUUUCUCCAACCAUCUCCGCGGUGUGACUCAGGGCAAGGGUGAAUUCAGCAUGGAAUACAAGACGCACCAGCCCGUCUUACCGAAUACACAGCAGGAGAUUGCGGAGGCUUACCGCAAGAGCUUGCCGCAGGCUAAAAAGGAACUCUGUACUGAUGAUCAUCAGUCCUGCUUUACACCACCAAGUUCAUGUCUUCGCGAUCCCACCCACUCUCCGUACUAA